AUGUCGAAUUUAUCAAAACUUGAAUUUGUGGCACUUGACAUUUCUGGAAAGAAUUAUUUGUCAUGGUUACUUGAUGCUGAAAUUCACAUUACCGCUAAGGGUCUUGGUGAUAGUAUAAUAGAAGGAAAUACAACAUCAAGUCAGGAUAAAGCGAAAGCUAUGAUUUUCCUUCGCUAUCAUCUUGAUGAAAGCCUGAAGGUUGAAUACCUAACAGUUGAAGAUCCACUUGAAUUGUGGAUAGGUUUGAAAGGUAGAAUAACUUCCCAAUUAAAAUUAUGUGGGGGAACAAUAAAAGAUGAGGACAUGUUGGAAAAGACACUAACUACUUUUCAUGCCUCUAAUAUGAUAUUACAGCAGCAAUAUCGUGAAAAAGGCUUUCAGAAAUACUCUGAACUGAUCUCAUGCCUUCUGGUGGCUGAGCAACAUAAUGACCUUUUAAUGAAAAAUCACGAAGCCCGUCCCGCUGGAAGUGCUCCAUUACCGGAGGCACACGCGGUUGAAGCACAUGGUCAGUCUGAAAUAAGACAAAAUAAUCGAGGCCAUGACAAUGUGUGCGGCGUGACAAAGGCAAAAGACGAUAUAAUAAUCGCCGAGGUGGUGAUCAUAAAAAAAGGGAGAACAAUAUAG